AUGCUGGAACAGUACCUCUUUGACGGAUGGGCGUCUGGGGCGACGAUCGUCCCCGUUCAAGUCGACGACUCAACGUCCGAUGGAUCGUAUCUAUAUGGGAAAUCGUUGCUGCUGAACUUGGAAGUGAAAAUACACAAAAGCGCGAGAGAAGGAGACCCCACGAUGCAGAAUAUCGGGUACUACAUCAAGUACCUGCCAUCCCGUAUCGACGGGUCCAUGCCUUGCUAUUUGCUAGACAUCUGCGGACCGCUCCUGAGUGUUUUCGGCGUCAUCAACCUUGGUGACGAAGCUGUCGUGUGCGAGCCACUGGUGGCUAGUCUCCCCUUGCUUUACUUCGACACCCCACUAUUGACAUCCCUGGCUCGUGUUUACGGGAACAAGCAGGUUGUUACCAGUGAUGUUACACGCUUCACGUUCCCAUACAAAGAUACAGCGUUGAUCGAUGGUGAAGAGGUGAAGCUGACGUACGAGGCUGCGAUAGUUCGCUACGUCUUUUGUGCGCGACUUGCUCCAUCGCAGACAAAGGUCAUCGUCAAGUUUGCCAGACAGUACGGUAGCGAUGUGCAUCAGUACUGUGCGAACGAGGGCUUCGCUCCGAAGUUGUUGAGUCACGAAGUUCUUGUUAACAAUUGGGCGUUCGUUGUGAUCGCAUAA